UCAGAAUAUCUCUGUAAAGAUGAAUCUGUUCCUCUCAGGCCUUCCUCUCUAGACGCCUACGUCUUCGGUCACCUAGCGCCCAUCCUCAAGUCCAAACUGCCCAACGGGAAACUGCAGCAGCAUCUGAGAUCUCUGGACAACCUGAACAACUUCUGCACCAACAUCCUGCUGCUCUACUUCCCCAGAGAUGGCCGAGAGAGCUCCAGUCAGAAGACAUCCUCUCAGCCCGAAGGCGGAGACUUUGAUCACGUCCCCAACAAGCGGAGGAAGCAGUUCAUGUCGGUGCUGGUGGCUCUGGGCGCCAUGCUGAGCUACGCCCUCCUGACUGGCAUGGUGUCCAUCCAGCACAUGCAGCAGGGGGCGCUGGAGGCGCCGCCGGACCUGCAGACCAUCGGAUCCCACGAGGAGGAAGAGGGAGAUGGCUGAGGAGACGUAGGUCGAAACUGCGGCAUCAUGGGGUUUCAUGGACGGAAGUAAAUGUUAAAGGGGAAGAUGAAACCCACCGAAUGAAAAAGAUGAAAAAUAAUCAGGAAGCAGAUGUUGGUGCUGGUUUAUGUACAGAAAUUAAUUAAAAGAUAAUUCUCUGGAUUUUCUUUAUGUGAAGAUUAUUGUUUAACUUUUGUUGUUUUUUUAAACUGAAGAAAUCAGCUUUUUCCUUCAAAAUAAAUACAUUUUAAUUUCU